GCCCGGCUACUCGCAACUUGCCGUCUCCACUGCCCACGACAUUCGACAGACUCGUAGGAAUCACCGCAAAUCUUUCAACCGCCGCAAUGAACAACGUUCGAUCUUUCAGGCUCGGAUGGGGCUCCCUCUUUCUCGCCGGAGGCGGUGCCUACUACUUCGCUAAGCAGAACGUCAAAGAACAGCGCGUGGCCAAGCUCAAAGCACAGCGUGAGAAGCAGGCAGCCAACUGGGCCAUUGAACACGGGGAGCCAGUCUCUUCCGGCAACGGUGUGAACGGUGGCCCAGCAAGAACCGACAAUACCGGCUUGCCAAGUCAGGAAGCAAGUAGCGAUCCCGCGGCAACAAGACAUGCGCCAGCAACAGAGUCCGAGCAGGUAGCCGAGAAGAGCAAAUACGAGAGUGCUAUACCGAUGCGCACACGCAAAGGGGACCGUUUCAGUUAGAAAUGGCAGAGAACGGGAAAUCGUAGGAGAGUUGGGCAGCUGGUCUUGGAAGUGUUUUUGAAGAGACAUUGAGCUCGCCGCUGUAUUCUAUCAUGGUGUAAAAUAGUGCCCUUCGCUGGGCUGCAUGUCUAUAGUAUUCGCGCCACACAUUGGGGACCUGGAUAAGUCUGUUUCUGAACCCCGAAUCAUUACUAGAAUGGAAUAUUGUUAUUGCUCGAAAUCAGAGCU